AUGGCAUCUUCAUCUGGCCAGGGAACACUGGAUACUUGGCUCUCUAAGAAACCCUCGUCCAGACCCUCUCAGCCAGUGCAGUCUUCAGCAGCUGGCGCGGAAUCGUCAUCUGCAGCUGCACCAGCUACCUCACAACAGUCCCAAUAUCCGCAAUCGUCACGCGGCCGACACAAGGGCAGCUAUAGACGCGGGGCCGAACUCGCAGCCGUGGCCAAGGAGACACGCACCGUUCUCCCCGACAUCCUCCAGGACUUGCCCAACAUUCACGCCAGUAGGUCCGAAGUCCUUUAUUACGAUGCCCUUCCGCCGCUCAAGGCCGCGGAUUGCCCCAAGCGGACACCCUCGGGAAGGACCGCCAUCAAGAUUGUCAACGAUGACAGUUUCAACGCCGCCAUCUCGCUCGCGGCCUCUAAAACCCCGGCAUCUGGCCGGGUCGCCGUGUUGAACAUGGCCAGCAAUGUUAGCCCUGGUGGAGGAUGGUUGAAAGGUGCGCGUGCUCAGGAAGAGGCCCUCUGCUACCGCAGCUCGCUCUACCUGUCCCUGCACCGACGAUAUUAUCCUUGGAAACAGCGCAUGGGAAUCUACACUCCAGACGUGGUCGUAAUCCGUUCCGACCAGGACUCCGGCCACAAGCUCCUUGUGCCAGACAUCAGCCCAGUGGACCUUCCCGUUGUGAGCGUGCUGAGCAUCGCCGCACUACGCACUCCACCUGUGGACAGGAUUACGUUCGACACACCAGGCGGCACUGUCGAAAAGCUCGUUUACUCGCGGCCCUCGGAUCGAGAGCUCACCAAGACCAAGAUGCGGCUGUGUCUGAGAAUGGCGGCGCAGCGGGACCACGGAUUGCUCGUGCUGGGUGCGCUGGGGUGUGGAGCGUUUAGGAACCCCCCGAAGGAGGUGGCCAACUGCUGGCUGGAAGUGCUGAAGGAAGCCGAGUUCCAGGGCGGUUGGUGGGAGGAGGUGUGGUUUGCGGUGUUUGACAAGAGGAAUGAAGGGAAUCUGGAGAUCUUUGAAGAGGUUCUCGGAAACGUCGAGAUAUGA